AUGAUGUCAUGGAAAGGCAGGGAUGGUCGCCACCACGAGCACGAGAUGGAGAUGAAGAACUACAACAAACGGUUCACAUGCGAUGGCUGUAAGCAAGAAGGGUUAGGAUCCAGAUACAGGUGCCACCACUGCGACUACGAACUCCACGAAGAGUGUAACUUCCCCAAGCCCACCAUUUCCCACGACUUCUUCCCGGGUUGCAGCUUCCAUUUCCACAGCCGGCCGCCCACCCGGUGCGGCGACAACCGCUGCAAGCAGCACGCCCGCUGCUGCGACGCCUGCGGCAAGGACGUCCACGGCUACGUCUACCACUGCCCCGAUGAGGGCUGGGAUCUCCAUCCAUGCUGCACCAAUCUCCAGACCAAAUUCUGCAUCGACGGCACCCUUUUCCUUCUGCGAGACGGAGUGUUUUCCAGGUGCGUUUGGUGCAAGAAGAAGAAGCUGUGGGGCGGCAGGUCGCACGUUCGGGGCUGGUCCUAUGUUUCGGAGUGCGGGAAGUACCAUUUUCAUGUGAACUGCGUUGGGAAGAUGGCGCAGGAAGCAUGGAAGGAGGGUGAUGAAGAUGAUGAUGCUUGUAUGGCUUUGGAGAAGAUGGUGGACCUGAGGGUGCUGGCCAAGUAUUCAAAGCCGAGUCGUGAUAGGGGCAGCAAGUUCUGGAAGACGGCCUGGAUGUUGCUUAAAACUAUACUGGGAAUUAUCUUGGGGGAUCCAACCACUCUGGCUUUUUCCCUUGUGGAUUUACUGUCCCAGUGACGUACCAUGCAUCCAUCUUCAAUAUUAAUAUUAAUUCUUCAGCACCAAAGCCAUAAACAUAAUCAAUUGCCUUUGCUAGCUUGUACAUAAAGUUCAUUUAUUCUUUUUAUUUUUUAAUUUGUAGAUUAUUAGGUUGUCAGGCUUCUGUUUGAUGUACGUACCUGUUAAAAGUUUCUUUCUUUCUUUCUUUCUCUCUUUCUCUUACAGUACUGCAUAGCUAGAAUUUAUACAUAGAGAACUUCUAGGAAGACCAAUGUAAUUAUUUGCAAGGCAUUCAUUGUAAAUAG